CUCCAUUAAAGACUAUUUUGAUAUUUUCAUCUCAGAGAUUAUAGUGAUCAUAAGGUUAAGAAGGGAAAAUCUUUCAGGAUAUCAGAUAAAAUCUAGGGUCCUAGGUAAAAGACAAAAAUAUCACAAUUCAAAGGGGAAGGGGGGAGAGCAGCACUUUUCUUUUAGCAAUAGCUUCAUGCCUAUAAGCGAUUAUAUUUCCCAUAUAUUGUUAAACUCGAGGAUUUUUUUUCCCUCGAAACCCUUAAACCACUUUCUAUCCAAGAGGCAGAGUUCUGCAGCAGUGAAACUCUUAAACAGAGCUAUGAGCCAGAGGGAAGGAACAGGGAGGGAGAAGGAAAUACUUCCUUUUCCAGGAUGUUGUUCUAAAAGAAAAAGAAAAGAAAAAAAGGGGGAAAGGAAACCGAGACUAGGGGUGCAGAGUACAGAACAAGACAAAGAGCAGGGAUGUGAUUGGAACUGGCCCCCUCUAGUUCCCUCCUUUUUGAUGCAAACAUUGAAGCUCAUUGAGCUGGUGCUAUGCACGCAGAGAUCAUCUGGGUGCAAAGAAGCAGCAGCCUUCGUGGCAGCAAUGGCUCCUGCACAGAACACAUUACACUUGACCAGGGCUGAAUGCUAGUGGGACAUAAGAGUCCGGCGGGGAUCCACACCCACCUUAUGCCUGGAGAUUGCUACUGCGGCUGCCACCCGCAGCUGUUGACCUAAAGUGCACCCCAGUCAACUCCGAGGCACCCACCUCUUGGGGGCUGGUAUGCAAAUUAUAUACGUCAGAUGGAGGAGGCGUGACACUUUGGGGUUGAGUGGCAGCGGCUCUAGGACAGAUGGGAGGGGGGAGAACCAGCUUGGUUCAGUGACUGAGACAAACUGGAGGUGAGAGGAGCUGGUGCUGUCCACGGAGCUGCUGGUGCUGAACCACUGGACGCACCACCUCCCUGGUGCCCCUGAGCCCCAGAGGCAACGCCCUCCCACCACCCCUUGCACCUUGUGGACCCUAUUUCUAUAGCACACCCCGAUCAACUUGAUAAGAGAGAAAAUUGUAUCGGACCUGGGAGACCUCUCAGUUCAUCACCUGGACGCCAGUUCAGGCGCUUCAUUGGGAAUUUCUAUAGUUUUCGACCAAACUGCUGUAAUCUCUUUUUUUUUUCCCUCCUCAGCAGAUACGGUCCGUUGCUUUUUUUUUUCUUUUUAAUUGUGUUUUAUAUAUGCACGACCAUUAGGUGCGACAACAACAACAAUUUCCUUGAGGACUUUUAUUACUGUUAAUAUCAGGUGAAGACCAAUAAGGAUGAUUAAGUGCUGGUCAGCAGUUUUGUUUCUUGGAUUCAUUUUUCUGAGAGCAGAAGGAAGGCCAACCAAGGAAGGAGGAUAUGGCCUAAAAUCUUAUCAGCCACUAGUGAGAUUGAGACACAAGCAGGAAAAAAGUCAAGAAAGUUCAAGAAGCAAGGGGUAUCUAAGUCAGGAUGGUCCACUUGUAUCCUGUGAAAAUAAGUACUGUGGCUUGGGAAGGCAUUGUGUUAUUAGUCGAGAAACUGGGCAAGCUGAAUGUGCCUGCAUGGACCACUGCAAGCCUCACUACAAGCCUGUGUGUGGAUCUGAUGGAGAAUUUUAUGAAAACCACUGUGAAGUACACAGAGCUGCCUGCCUGAAAAAACAGAAAAUAACCAUUGUUCACAAUGAAGAUUGCUUCUUCAAAGGAGACAAGUGCAAAGCUACUGAAUUCAGCAAGAUGAAAAAUAGAUUCUUGGAUCUUCAAAAUCAGAAGUAUGUUACCCAAGAAAAUGAAAACCCACCAGAAGAUGAAAUAGUUCGGAAGAAACUGCUCGUGGAUCAGAUGUUUAAAUAUUUUGACUCUGACAGCAAUGGACUUGUAGACAGUAAUGAACUGUCUCAGGUAAUAAAACAGGAUGAACUUGGCAAGGAUCUGUCUGACUGUUCUCUGUUUGAUCUGCUGAAAUAUGAUGACUUUAACUCGGACAAGCACCUAGCCCUUGAAGAAUUCUACAGAGCAUUCCAGGUUAUCCAACUGAGUCUGCCUGAAGAUCAGAAAGUGAGCAUCACAGCAGCAACAGUUGGACAGAGUGCUGUUCUAACCUGUGCCAUUCAGGGAGCCCUGAGACCUCCCAUCAUCUGGAAGCGUAAUCAUGUGGUUCUAAAUAAUUUAGAUUUGGAAGACAUCAAUGAUUUUGGAGAUGAUGGAUCCUUAUACAUUACUAAGGUUACCACCACACAUAUGGGGAAUUAUACCUGCUAUGCAGAUGGCUAUGAUAAACUAUAUCAGACUCACAUCUUCCAAGUGAAUGUCCCACCGGUUAUCCGUGUGUAUCCAGAGAGCCAGGCCAGAGAACCAGGUGUGACGGCUAGUCUCCGCUGCCAUGCAGACGGCAUACCCAAACCACAGCUUGGUUGGCUGAAGAAUGGAAUUGACAUUACUCCAAAGCUAUCUAAGCAGUUAACUCUUCAAGCAAAUGGCAGUGAAGUUCACAUUAGCAAUGUGCGCUAUGAAGAUACAGGAGCAUACACCUGUAUCGCCAAGAAUGAAGCAGGGGUAGAUGAAGACAUCUCUUCUCUCUUUGUGGAAGAUUCUGCUAGAAAGACACUCGCUAACAUAUUAUGGAGAGAAGAAGGUCUGGGAAUUGGGAACAUGUUCUAUGUUUUUUAUGAAGAUGGAAUCAAAGUGAUACAGCCGAUAGAAUGUGAAUUUCAGAGGCAUAUUAAACCCAGCGAGAAGCUACUUGGAUUUCAGGAUGAAGUGUGUCCACAAGCUGAAGGGGAUACAGUUCAGCGAUGUGUAUGGGCCUCUGCUGUCAAUGUCAAAGACAAGUUCAUUUAUGUAACUCAACCUACUCUGGACCGAGUACUCAUUGUUGAUGUGCAAUCUCAAAAAGUUGUGCAGGCAGUUAGCACAGACCCUGUUCCCGUGAAAUUACAUUAUGACAAAUCACAUGACCAGGUAUGGGUGCUCAGCUGGGGAAACAUGGAAAAGACCUCACCAACAUUACAGGUAAUAACACAGGCCAGCAGCAGUGUUUCUCAUCAUACAAUUCACACCCAGCCAGUUGGAAAGCAAUUUGACAGAGUAGAUGACUUUUUCAUUCCUUCUACAACUCUCAUCAUCACCCAUAUGAGGUUUGGAUUCAUUCUUCACAAAGAUGAAGCUAUACUCCAGAAAAUUGAUCUUGAAACUCUGUCAUAUAUAAAGACAGUUAGCUUAAAGGACUACAACUGCAUCCCUCAAUCUCUGGCUUACACUCACCUUGGAGGAUACUAUUUUAUCAGUUGCAGUCCUGACAGUACUGGGGCUAUUCCACCCCAGCUCAUGGUGGACAGUGUAACUGAUUCAGUCAUUGGAUACAAUGGCGAUGUUAUGGGUACUCCAUAUGUUUCUCCAGAUGGACACUAUCUUGUAAGCAUUGAUGAUGUGAAAGGACUUAUGAGAGUUCAAUAUAUUACCAUCAGAGGAGAAAUCCAGGAUGCAUUUGAUAUCCACACUAACCUGCAUAUAUCUGAUGUGACCUUCCAACCCUCUUUUACUGAAGCCCACCAGUACAAUGUCUAUGGCAGCUCAGGCAUGCAAACAGAUGUGCUCUUUGUAGAACUUGCCUCUGGGAAAGUUAAAAUGAUCAAGAGCCUCAAGGAGCCUUUAAAGGCAGAAGAAUGGCCUUGGAACCAAAAAAACAGGUUAAUCAAGGACAGUGGGCUCUUUGGCCAAUACCUGAUGACACCCUCCAAGCAAUCCCUAUUUAUCUUAGAUGGACGACUCAAUAAGUUAAACUGUGAAAUCACUGAAGUAGAGAAAGGAAAUACAGUCAUUUGGGUUGGAGAUGCCUAAAGAACCAUGUUAGAUAACUACUGAAUGAAUAGUUAUACAGUACAUUGCACUUAACUCCAUUCUUUCAAUUUAUGGUUUUUCUUUGGAAGUUUAUAUUCUAACUUGAUAUAACUUAGAUCAUUUGGUAGCCCAACAAAAUGUGGAUUUUAAUUUGGUAAAGCGAUUAAAAUGUCUUUGAAGACAUACUAAUUACAAUCAAUAUUACAAUUAGUGUGGAAUUGUCCAACUUGUUAAAAAAAACGGUCCUUAGUUACAGUGUAAACCAAUAAUUGCUGAGAAAUUUUAAAAAAUUAACAAAUUAUAUCAAAACUGCAGAAAAUUUCUAGUAACUUAAGCUCCAUUACAUUUUAAAAGUGAUUUUAGUUGUUUUUUAUUAUGAUUUUUCCCUCUUUUGUUGUUGUUUUUCCCAAUUUCAGUUUAUUUCAAAUCACAAAUAAAGGUAUGUGCAACCUUAGAAUUCUGAAAUGAAAACAUUCUGUCCUGUCCACUAUUUAUAAUCUUUUUGUGCCUUGAAGGGAAUGUCUCAAUAGGAAAAGGAAGAAUAGAAGCAAGAUAAUAUAUUCUCAUGUGGCUUUAAAUGCAUUGUCCUAGGAAAGAAAAAACAAACAAACAAACAAACAAAAAAAAAAAUUAGUCCCUCUUGAGCCAGAUCUUGCCUUCAGUCGAUUUGUUUGACUCUCAGUGAAAUACUCUUUGAAGGCAUAAGUUGGCCCUGGAGUGUGUGUGUGUGUAGGUAACAAAGGAUAGAUUUUGAAAUGGAGUGUACCACAUAGCAUGGAGGGGAGAUAAAACAAUGUAGGUUGUGGGAAAAAUGCUUGCAGUGUCUUCUGUACUCAAAAUGUUUCUACUCUCUAGAGUAUGGGUAUAUUUUUAUUGCAGGUUUUGUUUGGUAUGUCACCUGCUUACAUACAGGCCUUUUCCUUCAUCAGUAGCCAGUAGAUCUUCAUUCCUUUCUUUCCAGAUAGCCCAGGAUUUGGAUCAUAUACAUCUGCUUAAAGAAAACUGCAUAUUGUGAAUUAACCCUAGAAUGUAUGAAUUGGCAAGAAAGCUGAUUUUGUAUUAGGUAUUAGAAGAUUUAGAAAUAGAAUGCAAAGAACAAGAUUGAUAAUUCCUAAACAAGUGGCUUAAGCUGUGAUUGAUUAUCCAUUGCCUUUGCUAUUUACCUGUGUUUUCUCAAAGAUUUUCUUUCACCUUUUUUUUAGUCAUUGGCUUAGCCUGUUCUUCCACUAUAUAUUUCCUAAAAUUUCACUCCAUAGACUAAAGAAACUAGAAAUUCCUCUACUUUCAGACAACAUAUAGAGACCCUAAUAAUCCUUUCACCGAUCUCUUUUCUUUUGUGUUGUCGCUGUCUCCUUCUGUCUGUCUGUCUCUCUCCCACUCAUCCUCUCUACAUUUUACCCUCUUUCUUUAUCACUCUGUCUCUCAUUUUCUCAGGUUACUGUCUCUUAGUCUAUCUCUGUUACUAUUUCUGUCACUCAAUGUCUCUGUUUUCAUCUCCCUCCCAACAAAACAAACGGUAGAAAGUUGAUUUAUUGAAAUAAUGUCCUUAUUUACCACAAUUGCAUACAUGUUUGGGAAGGUUGUUUUUAGUCCCCCCUUAUAUUUACUUUGGCAAAGAAUGCUUAUGGGCUAUUGGAAUGAUCUCCAUUUAAUAAAGGCAACCAGGAAAGGUCUUUUUUAAAUACAAACUUUAAUCUGGGUUAGAUUGUGUAAAAAUGCUUAGAAAUCUGAAAUUUUAUAGCGUGUAAUCUCUUGUGUGUAUAUAGCAUCCUUCGCUGCGUGGUACAGUAGAUCUCUCUUUAGCUUGAGGAAACUUCCUGGGAGGUAGAUUUAAUAAACAACAACAAUCUGCUUAUGUUUCUCGUUACUGAAUCUGCUUUCCCUUUUAAAAUUUUUCCCAUUGUGAACAUGAACCAUGUAAGCUGUUAUUUGAUGAUUUACAGUAAGUCCGUCUCAUACACUCUUCUUCUGUAACUUACAACAUGUGGAUGUUCUAUCUGUAGAAAAAGAAAUACUGCUUGAUAAAAGGAGAAUAAACAAACACCUUAUGUUUUAAAUCCUU